AUGGGUGCCGAUCCUCACGGAUUCCGGACCUUCGCCGAGAAGCACGAGAUGGUCCUGCAGGCACGGAGCCCACUGGGGAAUGGCGGCCAUGGCUCGACUGAAAUCCUUUCAGGCAACCUUACCACAUCCAUCGGCAAGAAGUGCCGGAAGUCUCCUGCACAGGUGGCACUCAAGUGGAUCGCCUCCCACAACGUCUCCAUUGCGACGAAGUCGUCAAACAAGGAGCACUUGAAGGCCAACACGGAGAUCUUUGAUUUCCAGCUUAGCGAUGAGGACCUUGCCAGCCUCGAUGCUGCUGACUUCGCCAAGGAGGACAUGCCCUCGAUGCUUUGCAACGACCCCACCCCCUCGGAGGAAACAGAGAUUCUGCGAGUGGUGGUCUGA